GUCUGCAACAGUUAGUUAAGUGAAUCGAUUGCUAGUACUCUAAAGCAAAUCAAAAUGUGUUUAUAUUUCUGAUUAACUCAACUGAAAUAUUCUUUGAGAUGGCGAGAGUGCUUCGUAUCAAGUACAGACCUGAUUGGGGCGCUCGUGAGGCGGCCUGGGAGGAAUCCCUCAACAGAGAACCUGCCACAAAGGUAUUUUUCCACCAUCAUGCUAACCUGUAUGGGUGGCGGAACAAUUUCUGUGACGAAGUGAUGAAGAUCAUGCAACUCACUCAGGACCGUAACAUAGAACACUACGGUCUGGCAGACUUGGCCUACCAUUUCUACAUCGCCGCGGACGGCUACGUCUACGAGGGGAGAGAACUUAAAUACAACACCCCUGAGAAACUACGUUACAACCCUAACUGUUACGGCAACAGAAUCGAUAUCUGCUACCUUGGCGACUAUCUGGAGAAGAAACCGCCUCCGGUUAUGAAAACCAUGGCAAAAAUGACCGUCGACUAUUGUAUCCAGGAAGGAAAACUAGCUAGCGAUCACGACAAAAUCAACAUACACGAGAAAGACGUGAAUCCCCUCAUUCAGACGAUUCACCACUAUAUGAGAAGGAUCAAUUUCAAACGGGGCAAAUGGAAACUGGUCAAAGACUUUGACCCCAGGAUGUAUGGAAAGGUUGGCCCUGUCAAACCGGAGUACAAAAUCAGACCCUACCACAAGGGGAAGAAAUUCGGCAGGCACACGGAUAGAAUGUAUAAACAUACUCUGCAUAGGAAGUAUGGAAAGUCGCACUAAGAUUUUAGAAUUUACUAACUAGUCGUGUUUUGUAGAAGAGAGUUCAAAACCGAAAACAAAGAUGAUUGAAGCUGGGAUCCAAGUGGCUGAUUACUGCAUCAAGAAUGGGAGACUGCACAAACUCUACACGUUUACCA